AGCAAAUGUAAUGUAGCUUGUGUUCCUUUUAUAUUAUUCUCGUCUGUAACUAACCUUGCACAGCGAUUAUGGAACGUAAUGAUUUACUAACAGAAUACCAGAUUCAGGAUGAAUAUGAUUACCACAAGCCACCACAAAAAAGCAUAAAGGAGCAGGUAAAGAAAUAUUUCACUUGCGAUUUAAAGCGAGUUAAAAACUUCAUUCUCGGUUUCCUUCCCAUACUAACAUGGCUGCCAAGUUACUCAAUAAGAAAUUACUUGCCAGGUGACGUGAUAGGUGGCAUCACUACUGCUGUAGUUCGUAUACCACAGAGUUUGGCCUAUGGCUUACUUGCUGGGGUGGAUCCAAUUAAUGGAAUGUACACAGCUUUCUUUGCUCCAUUAACUUACACAUUCCUUGGAACCUCUAGGCAUGUUUCUGUUGGUACAUUUGCUGUGAUCAGUUUAAUGUUGGGUUCAGCGUUGGAAAAGUAUUUGACCAAUCACCCUUUUAUUUCACAAAGCAAUCAAACAGUUUAUACUUCAUCUGCAGCAACAGCAACUGCGGGUACUACUGCAAACUCGGGUGCUUUAUCUGCAGAAUUAUCGGCCGAACUAUCUGCCUAUCACCUUUCUAUUAUUGCAUCAGUCACUAUACUUGUUGGGCUUAUACAGGUAGUCCUGGGACUUUUAAAUCUUGGAUUCGUGGCUGUUUUUCUUUCUGACCCACUUGUUGCUGGUUUUACCACGGGUGCUGCUCUGUUUGUGUUCACAGCACAAGUAAAAUAUUGCUUUGGAAUUGACCUGGCAAGGCAGAAGGCACCCUUUGCUCUUGUGAAGACUUACGUUGAGUUGUUCAGUAGAAUCAAAGAAACAAAUGUUGCUGAGAUUGUUCUUUCAUUAGUCACUGUGGUUGUAUUGUAUCCUGUUAAACUACUAAAUGUAAAGUACAAGAAAAAACUUCGUAAUAUCCCAAUUCCAAUUGAAUUAUUUGUCAUCAUUAUAACUACCAUUAUAUCAGCAAAUGUAAAUUUUCAUGCCAAAUAUGGUAUUGACAUAGUGGGGGCAAUUCCUAGUGGGUUACCUGGCCCUUUGCUCCCCGAUGCCUCCAAGUGGCCAUCAUUGAUAAGCGACGCGUUUUCUAUUGCAAUUGUUAGUUUUGCGAUCACUGUGUCUCUAGGAAAGCUGUUUGCGAAGAAGCACGAUUAUGAAAUAUCUCCAAACCAAGAGCUUUUUGCCCUCGGCGUAUCACAAGUGACGUGUGGUUUAUUCCAAGGACACGCGUGUGCUGGUGCACUUGCUCGUAGCACUGUGAAAGAAAGUAGUGGAACAAAAACUCAAUUUUCUGAUGUUAUCUCAUGCUGCGUAAUCCUUCUGGUCCUCCUCUUUAUUGGUCCUCUCCUCUCCCCUCUUCCAAAAGCGACUCUCUCGUGCAUCAUCAUGGUCAACAUCCGAGGUCUCUUUAGACAAGUCCUUCAACUUCCAAAGAUCUGGAGCUUGUGCAAAUAUGACUUUACCGUCUGGUUGCUAACUUUUGUUGCCGUUGCUUUGUUCGGUGUUGACAUUGGUUUGCUGAUUGGUGUUGCUGGGUUGUUGGUUACGGUUGUUCUUCGUGUUUACAAACCUGAGAUUACAGUUCGUGGUGGACUUGGUGAUACUGAGCUCUACAGGGAUAUUGAAAAGUUCAAAAAAGCUCGAGAAAUACAUGGCGUUAAAAUUCUUCGUUUUCCACAAUCUCCAUUUUUUGGGAACAAAGAAGCUCUUCAAGCUCUUGCGGAAGAAACUAUCGCUACCAAACGGAAAUGUGACGCUGAACAAUCACAUACAAGCAUUGGUUCCCACCAUAAUUUAAACAACAUGACCAACCACACCAUUGUGGAUUCACCGGACAGCGAGGCAACCGAUGUCGAAGAAUUACAUUCCUACUCACCCCGACAGCAAGUGACCCUCGUUGACCCAGCCACUGUCAAGUUUCACCCAGGUGAUUCCCCAGAACACGGCGGAGUUCACUUUAACCCCACACACAACUUCCACACGGUUGAGUUCGAUUGCUCGAGGUCGAUCUAGAUGGAACACCAUGGGAAUGGAUUCAAUGAAACAGAUUUGCAAAGAAUUCAUCGCUGCUGGCCUGCAAGUGUAUUUAGCUUCAAUGCAACCUGAUAUCAUGACACGCCUCAUGAAAGUGGGCGUGGUCGCAUCACGUGAUGACGAAGAUGAGGGAUUGGCUACAGUGUUUCCUUCAGUAAGGUUUGCUGUAGAAGCUGCAAAACGACGCGAACGGGAAAUUGCCUAAUAAGUAUUUCGUCUUUUUCUGAUUUCUUAAAAAUUUAGGCAAUUUACUGAAACAGUUGUUAUUAUUCAUCGUAUUUAUAAACACAAAUGCCUAAUCCUCUGAGCUGUACAUUCUAUGCAUUGCUUCAAUUGAUCACAUUUCCAUGGCCAUACACAGUAUAGCAUUCACCUUUAUACUGUCCACACAUAAACCAGAGUUUAUUUCCAAAGUUUCAAAUCUAAUUCAUUUUUUUUCAAUGUAAAUGUCAAUCAUCGCUAUUUGCCUAAGCAUCAUGCUUGAACCUUAUACAAUGUAUUCAAAGUUCUUUACGAAGUUGCUGCUUAUUUAAGCCCCAGGUUUGUGUAUUUGAUGAAGUUUUCCAACCUAUACUCUAUUGGUAAUUUGGAUAAACACUUUUUUUUAAGGUUUUUUUUUCUGUACUUGCUGUUUUUAGAUGUCUAAAAUUCAAAUCUUGGCCACACCAAAAGAAAACCUUAUGUUCUGUUGGUUCUAAAUGAAAGAUUUUGUUUUAGAGUUUUUUCCCAUUUUAUUUCUACAUUGGUGAUCAAAUCAUAGCCUACAAUAUGGUGCAUUUUUAUCAACUAAAAUAUAUAACAAUCCAGAUAUUGUAUGUCACACAAUAUGCAACAUCCUUAAAUUAAAUCAUAAACUGUCAAAGUAAGUUCGAGGCAAGUCCUAACGUCAACAUUGUGUUAUUACUUUACAUUAGCAAAUGUUCUUAACUAUAUUGUCCAAGCAACCACCUCAGCUAGGACAAUUUAGAUAAAACUUAAAAAUGUUUCCUGAAAAUAGCAAAUUUAAAUGUAUUGCAAUAUGCGAGGCUUAAUGGCCUGGUUUUAUUACCUAAAUAUAAAGAUUUUAGCACAGUCUGACAUAACACAUCACCUGACCGUUUUAACUCAUAAGCGUACUGAUUUUUCAUUGAUGAUAAAUUCCAACAAUUUACUGUGCUUUAUAGUACUGGUGACUCUAUUACACAAAAAAACUACAUUGCUUUUUUGGAGAUUUUCAUUCGAGUGUUGUUAUUCCUUAUUUAAUUCCUUGCAGCUUGUUCGCUAUGUAUACUUUGUGCAUUUUAUUUACAUUGUUUUGUCUGGCGGUGUUGAAUUUUGCUUCGAUUUUUUAACAAUAUUAUGUGUACUAUGGUAUUUCAUUCUUUAAGAUUAUAAUUGAAAUAUAAAGGAAACUCAUG